AAAAAAAAAAAGGACGCCGCUCCAACUGUGAAAGUAGACCACGUGACUGUGCGGCGAUGCGUGAACAAUGACGCAGUGCGUGUGGCCAAGCGGGAUACAGUGAAGAACAGAACUAAAUCAAAAUGGUGCGCAAAAAGAUGUUCAAGUUAGCAACAUGUUAUGUGCUUUUCCUCGCUGUCAUAAACAUCCGUAGUACGACAGGCAAUAGUACUACUACUGCUACAACUACGACCACAACAACACCGACGACGCCGCCUGGCUCGACGGAGAAGACGUACUCCAGCGACCUGGAGCGCUUCUUCGCCAGUGACUACAACAAGGCGACGUAUCUGGUUCUCCCAGCCAUGAUCAUCAUCUACGGCGGCUGUUCCGCCAUCUACUGCGUGGCCAAACUGCGACGUUACCUGCGGCGACGAGGACGUCCCACGCAGACGGAGGUGCGCAAGAUGCGCGCGGAAAACAACGCCGCCUUCGAGGUGGUCGACGACGGCGCGGACAAGGCUCGGCUGACCCCAGGGCUGAAGAAUGAGGAAUUGUCGCUCAUGUUCAGCGCGCUACAGGCGCCAGUCGGCAGCUAUCGUGACGCCAAGACGGGCGACAGAUCCUGGAGCGCGGAGAAGAGCGUGGCCGUGGAGGUGUCUAAGAUGGACAGUCAGAUAAAGCAGGCAAUGGAGAUGAUCAGCAACGUCACUUACGGAAUUAAAGAAAAACGAGUUCGACAGCUGAGGUCGAAACCAGACGUACUGCCGACGAUGGAAGAGAACCUCGUUCCCAUUAAGAAGAAGCGGAAGUUCAAACAGAAAACGUACCUGGCUUAAGGAUGACUGGGCGUGCGUUCAGCCAAUCAGCAACGAGUUUACAGCGAAACGUUCGUGACGUAUUCAAAAUGGCUGCUGAAAGAUUUUUUUUAUAUUAUUAUUGGUUGUGCAGCAAAUGUAAUGGUUAAAGCUGGGGUUUCUUGUGUAUUUAUUGAGAUUUAAGCGUUUAAGAGUAGCUGGAUCAUCAACUUUUUAUUUCUUCACGUGAUGUGUGGGGUUUUUUUUAUUUUCUGGCUACAUAUUUUCGAAGCUAUCUUAACGCUAGGAUAUCGUAUUUAACCGUCAUAGGCUAUGACGUCAAUAAGACACACCACAGUCUACGACGGUUUUACGAUAUCGUAGCGCUAAGAUAUCUUCGAAAAUCCAUGUCCAGUAUCGGAUAAACCUUACUGACAAUCUAGGUCACAUUAAAACCUUGUUUUAUAUUCAGACGGGUCACGUGGCUGAGCGCUACUAUGGAAUAGAGAAUGCAGCUUUAACAGGUCUGUUGAUAGCGGAAAGCCGCGACACAGAUGCAAAAUGGUUGGGUGCAGGCUUAUCCUUUAGCUUUUGCAAUUUGAUUUAUUUAUUUUAUUUUUUAUUUUUUUAUUAUUUGUAUUUGUUUUUUUGUUGUUGUUGUUUUGUUUUGUUUUUGUUCUUUCUUUCUUGUUUGAAGUGUUAAUAGUCGUAUGGACAUUUUGAAUCAGUUUUUCCAUCAUUUUAGCAUUGGGUUGUACAGUGAAUGAAUGAUUCGAUUGGCCUCUAUGCAAAUCAGUUCACAUUCGAUCUUUUCACCACCACACAUUUACGUUUUCAAGUAUAAAUGACAAUCCAGGCGUGGAUUUACGUAAAAGCCCACGUACCCCCAGAACCACCCCACCUACUCCUAAGUUUGUCAGUAAAUCACUUUCUAAUGACGUCGUUAGCUUUGCAGGUGUUAUAGUCUAUUUGAUGUCCGGAAAACAAUGUAAUUAACCAUUCACAUUACGGAACAUGCUCACCAUCAGUUUACAAUGUGCCUUUGUAAAAGGUUAGGAGUCAUCCCCCUUUAAACACUCUAGAUUCGCGCGUGGAAACGUACGCAGUAAACAAUUUACCUGAACGCACCCCCGUUUUUUUUUAUCUAUAGACUGACUAGUAAAACAAAAUCUACAAAUUUAACCUACAGGAAUAAAAUUCUUAAAAUAUGUUUUUCAUUUGAAUAAUAGCAUGUGAUAAACACAAUAAUUUGUCUGCUAAAGAUUAUAUCAACGAUACACAAACUUCUUAUUCAUAAGAUUGUUACAUUAUAUACGAAAGCCAUAAUAACACAAACAAAAAUUAUAUCUCAAAGUGCAAACAUUUUCCUACAAACACAAACAAUAUUUUCUUGUCUUCAUCCGUUUAAAAAAAAAAAUUCGAGAAUGGUAUAAAUUAUUUAUCUUUUAUUACUCUUUUAAUGAAUAAAGUGGACUGGGGAUAAUUCAAGGUAUGAUUUUAGCAUUCAUUUGUAGUAGUCAACGUACAAUUCUGUGAUAUGUUUGCUUGUCUGUGAUAUUUAUUAACUUUGUUCAUGUGGAAAAAAAGAAGUUAUUUACACAUUGUUCUGUAAAAUUCAGAAUAUUUCACGUAAAAAUAACAUUCCAGUAUGAAUUAAUAUUUAUUUUGUUGCUUUAUAGCAAACGUUCAUAGAUGGAUUUAGAGGUUUCUACAGCGAAAGUAUACGCACCCUGUUAUAACAAACUAUAUAUGAUAUAAUAUAUACGAUAUAACAUAAUGAUAUAAUAUUAUGAUAUAAUAUAGUAUAAUUCGUUUAAUUAAACAUGCAAAUGGAAAUUCAAGUUAAGAUUAUCAAACUGUAUCCGAAAUCACCACAAACGUUAUAUAGGCCUACGUACGGGGUUGGAAAAUAGGCUUAUCUUAUAGAAGGGGUAACAAAUAUUUGUAAAUUACAAAUGUACGUAAAAUACGCUAGAACAUAUUGGUCUGAAUUUACAAAGCGUUAUUUUGACUUGCACGCAUGUAACUGCAUAUAUUUACAAUGAUUAUGCUAUACAUGUAUGCGUUUAACACGACUAAGCUUCGUAAAUUCGGCUCAUUAAGUCUAAUUAUCAAACCUUUUUUCUUCUGGUUUUUGGGGGUUGUUUUUUUUCAUCUAUUUUAAAUGUUACUUACGAACACACGAAGUAGGGCUACAGAGAAAGGUAGACAGGCAUCCUUUAACAAUAUUGGUGCUUGGUGCUCCUUUUUCUAAACUUUUAACCCGUCUGAGAGCUUAAUGGAAUACAUAACUAUCGACGUGUGCGUGCAUGCUCUUCUAUUAAGACGUUUCCCAGUUAGUUAUUGAAAUUGCGCAAGAAUAUUUGUAUGUCUUACGGUACAACACGUAUUCUGCAUCUUUGUAGAAAUUAGUUCUGCUUAUAAUAUAUCUUAGCAAAUAACUUUAUAUUGCUAGAAUCCACUGAUUGAUCAGUUGUAUUAUUAUACAUGUAUAGUGUGUGUGUGUGUGUGUGUGUGUGUGUGUGUGUGUGUGUGUGUGUGUGUGCGCGUUAGUUAAGUCUAAUGUUACCACCAACUUAUUUGUUGUUGUUUUAGGAGUUUUGUUUUAUACUUUUUUUUAGGGCUGGUUGAGGGGGUCACUAUUGCUUUUGAGACAAUUAAGACUAAAUGUAAAUAUUGUUUUAUCACUGUUCGCAUAGUAUAUAGUCACGUUUGUUGAUUUCUUGUUAAAUUCAAAUAUUUUACUUCAUAUAGACCUACUAUGACAAUAUUGUUAUUUUCUGUGAUACUGUCGUGCAAUAUAUUAUAAUAUUAUAUUUAUAUUGUAAAUAUAUUAUUAUUUAUGCUAUGUAUGUUACCAAGUUCUACUGCAUGUCUUAAGAUUAACCACCAUUUUUACGAUCAAGAUUAUAUUGCGACAGUAUUUUUUUAUAUAAUGGAACAUGACCAAGUUACUCACUAAACAGUGGUGGAUCUAAGGGGGUAGUGGGUUUAAGGCCCCCUUUAGCUGCCAAGUAAAGGAAAUGCACCUUUAAUGGGACAGAACCUAGUUUCAUCCCAUGAAAAUGCACACUAAGUUUAGUUAAUCUACAAACCUGUAACACAUUUGGAUAAAGUUACAACUGAGUUAAACAUGAGUCUGUGACUUUGUGAAAUACCCUCUA